UUUCAAUAACAGCACUGCCACCAUUUGAUCAGCAGUAAUUUGGUAAUAUGAAUUUAAACCGAUGUAUUGUAUUGUGACAGUGUGCAAUUGAUGUGCUUCUCGUGCAUCAUGACGCAGAACAAAGCUUGUAUCAGCUGACCUCGCGACCCCGACUGAACCCUCCAUAGAGCAUCGGUCGGUCUGCAGAUGACACAGAGACAGAAAGACAGACCUCUACGAUCCAAGACGAAGAGGACAAACACGCCGCAGUUUCAAUCAGUAUUUGCAUCUCUGAACAGACCAAAAAUCGCCUGAUAAGCUCCGUGCGUGACUUAAAAGAGAACACUAAGCGUAUAACUUGAAGAUGGAGGUGAAGAUCUUUAAGACGAUGAGUUUCUCGCCUGCCAACAUUACCAAGCUUGUGAGAGUCUAGAGAUUUCACACAUUCAUAAAGUCCCAGACUCGAAGCAUGAGGGACCAGAGUGUCCUGCUGGCAGAACAGAAAGCGAUGUGUCCUGAAGAAAUAAGUCAGGAUGGAGCUCUCUCCUACACAGAAGAAACAGUGUCCUUAUUAACAUCCAGCAGCAUGUCAGCUCAAUCUUUUCUCUUUCAUCCUAAUGGUCUGAGAUGCAAAGAUGGUCCAGAAAUGGAUGCAUCGAGUCGGAAGCGAGAGUCCAUCCCUCUUGAGAAAAAAGAAGAAGGUUAUCAGGACAAACGCAAAAAGAACAACGAGGCUGCCAGGCGUUUCCGUGAAAAACGCAGAAACAACGACAGAGUGAUUGGAAACCAAGUCCUGGCUCUUCUUGAAGACAACGCACGUCUGAAAGCUGAGCUUCUGGCACUGAAGUUAAGAUUCGGUUUGAUCAAAGAUCCCUCAGAAGAUCCGGUGCAAAUCUUUUCACAUAUCCAAGAAUUUCCGACAAUACGAGAUACAAACCCACUUACUGUACAGCCAUUGCCAAUCUCAACGCAAAACUAUGGGUUCAUCAUGCCAGCGGGGUCAAGUAUUGGCAAUCCAGAUAUCUCAGUUGCUGAUGAAGUAGUAGGAACAUAUUCAUCAGGAUAUCAAGAAAACAGUCUGAAAAGUCUUCCUCAUAAACUGCGUUUUAAGAUGGCAUCUGGAAAUGAAGGCGCUGAUGGUUUUCUUCAUCCAGUGGAAAAUAAGGCUUCGGUUUGUAAGAGCACUGAGGGUUUAUGGAGCCCGCAAACACACACAAUGCCAUCAGUUUGUUUAACGGCAUAUCAGAAUAACUCUUCAAGUCAGAGCCUGAUCAGAUUACAGCUCAGCGCUUUGACUAAAGAAGUGGCCGAGCUCAAAAAAACGCUUCUCUCAAAAGCACUGAAAUCAAAUCGCACCUGACGUCUGACUCAUCCAAAGAAAGAAGGCCCAUUUACACAUACAAAUAUAAGGCGGCAGCUGGUUGCUCACUGAAACAGCUGGCCAUUUUUUUUUUUAGAUCUAGUGAAACAUUAAUAUGCUUGUCUGCUACACUAGUAAUGACACUAUGUGUUGUAUUAAAUGACAAAUAUUGUGACAAAAGCGCCACAGUUUUCUCUUGAAAUAUCAAUGUUAUUGUUGUUUAAUAUGUAUGAAUUUGUAUAAUCUCAUUUGCACGUUUUAAGUAUGAUUUGCUCAUCCCCAUUGAAGGUUGGGUUAAGGGGCGGGGUUUGGUGCCACGCCUCUUUUUAAAAUGUCAUAUUUUCGUACGUCUGAACUCAUGAAUUCUCGACUGUUUGUGUGUGGUCACGUGAUGUGCCUUUUCAGCAGUAUAGUGUGGAUGAAGAGCUGUUCAGAAAUGCUACAGUGUGGACGUGGAUCGUUUUCUUUCUUAAAUGCCCCUGCUGCGACGGGGGCGAGGCAGAGGAUCAUGAUGCCAGGUCAUCAUUGGGAUGUCUAUCGGCCAUCGGUGAUGGAUAAUGGCAUCGUCUAUCGACCCAACCCUAAAUUCCAUAUUUCUUUUUGCUAUUUACCGCCAGUUUUUCUAUACAGAACAGGGCUUUAUUCACAAACGUUUUAUUCGAGUUGUGCGCAUAACUUUAAUUUGCAUCUUUGGAUGGAAACUUCGAUAUUAUCACAUGACAAAGUCAGGACAACAAAUAUUCAUUCAUUCAUUCAUUUUCUUGUCGGCUUAGUCCCUUUAUUAAUCCGGGUUCGCCACAGCGGA